CGAUAAGCGAUAAGCGUUUUGCUCCGCACAAUUUUUUGGCUUUUGGCGGUGGCAUAGGUUGCAUUCCAAAUAUUCGCCAACAAUCGGCCGGUCGCCAGUGCCGCUGUUAGGUGCCUUUUUAUUUAUUCAUGUAUUUUGAAUUUCCUCCAUAUAUUGAGCAUGAUCACGAAGAGGAAACGAGAUCGGGAGGAGGCAUAUCUGCCGCCCAAGCGUCUGGCAAUCGAUACCGACGCCACAGCAGACGAAAAUUUUUCAUGCGGCCUUGAGCUUGAUGGACAGUCAUCAAUAGCUUCGAGCACCAACUUUGACGAUGGCUUAGACGGCAGCCUUGACGGCAACUCGACGCCCGCCUCGACAAUAGCCACAAUCCAGCAGUCUGCGGCGCCGCCGCCCUCGACUUCGACCGCUCGAAAGGUCUUCCCAUCCAUGCUGAAGACGAUCCAGUGUACAUUUUCUGGCUGCGAUAAGACCUUCAAUAGGCCUGCUCGCCUGACCGCCCAUCUACGCACACACACUGGCGACCGGGCGCUUAGAUGUCCGCACGAUGGCUGUGACAAGGCCUACUUUGACGAGAAGCAUCUGCAGCAACACAUUAAAGGGUCACACUCCACCGAGAGGCAAUACGCAUGCCCCGAGCCGGGCUGUGACAAGACUUUUCUAACAGGAACCCGCCUCCGUCGUCAUGCCGUUGUGCAUUCGGGUGAAGGCCGCUUCCGCUGCACAGGCUAUAAUGGCUGCGACAAGGUCUUCCGCAAGCACCAGACACUUCAACGACAUGUGCGUGCCGAUCACCUGGGUCAAUCGGCGUUUGUUUGCACCCAUGAUAACUGCGACGCUGGCUUCGACACGGCAAACGCGUUGCGAAAACACGUGCAACGGGAGCACGGCGAGCUGCGCUUCUGGUGCGAGGAAUGCGGCAAGGAGGGCGGGGAUGCGGGAAGGCGAACGGGGUUCACGACCAUGGGCUCAUUGAACGCGCAUAUGCGUACAUGCCACGUCGAUUGCAUGUUUUGCGAAACCAGGUGUGCCAGUCAGUGGGAGCUGGAACGACAUAUCGAAAUGCAUCACUCCGGAUCCACGACCUCGGACCGCAAAACCGUCCCAUGCACGUGGGAGAACUGUGACAAGAAAUUCACACGCAAGGCGAAUCUCAAUGUGCAUAUCAGGAUGGUGCAUGAGGGCUACCGCUUCGUCUGCGGAGACUUCGACCUCUCUGAGGUUUCCGAUUUGGCCUCAUGGGAUCGGGCUGGAGAUGGCUGCGGUAACGGUUUUGCAAGCAAGAAGAAGCUUGAAGACCACGUGCGUGUGGCGCACCUGGGGAUGCAAAAGCCACCAAGAACCGUGCGCCUUAACCAUGAGAGCCCCAUCAAGUUAGCCGGUCUCUUCAACAUGUACGCCUCUGCUGAGCAGCUCAUUCCUCAGCCUGAGGUUUUUUCAGACACUGUUCAGCCUGGACCGGACUUGCGCCCACAGUUUCCCUGCGAGUUCCCUGCAUGUUCGCAGGGAUUCGGAACGGCGGAAGAGCGUGACGCUCAUGCUGUUGCUUUCCAUCUGGGUCAGGAUCGUUCCCAGGAAAUAUCUGUUUCUGACACACAGUGGAACGAUUGGACUUCAAUGGUUGAUUACCACACUUCAGCUGAGCCAACGAGUGGAGAUGCAAAAAUUCACGGAAUAUUUGAUUGCCAAGGAUCUGAGCCGUCAAAUGUUUUCGACGCAAGCUCCGGCAGUAUUGAUCAUGAUUUAGAAGCUCUGGUUGACCCUAUUCUCUUCCUCAGCUGAUGCGUGAUUUUGCCUACUUGUAAGGCGACAACAUAAGCGUUUUACUCCUUUAUUGGUCCCCUCUGGUGUUGCAACCGUGGCUAGCUUUAACUGAUAGACUUUUAUUGGCUCAUGACGUAUGAAUGUACGAUACAAUGACACAAUACCCCGUGCGGGCUUGAAUGGGCCAGUUCUGUACUUCGUCUCAAGAUAGACAUUUGGAAUCCCAUUGAGUUGUUCCGUGGAUAAACACCUACAUAGGUAUUGAGGUCAAGACAGCGGCGGUUGUUUUCAAUGUUAAUAAGACAACGUCUGAAGAUUUCUGCGACUCUGGGAAACCACGGGCCAAUCUGUCGGGUAUGUUGUAUGCAUAAUGCUAUUGCAGAACAGGAAUGGAUACAAAUUGAGAGGAAUGGUGUCCUUUUGGGUCGUGAAAAAAACACAUAACUCCGGUAGUGAUAACCACAAAACAGCCAAGGGUCGAACCACAACGCCUGGGGAAAAAAGAAAAAAAAAAGACAUUAACGCCUUAAAAGUCAACUCCUCCUCUUGUUUCUUAUGUUUAUAUCUACAGGGUAUUGCGAUGCUACUCGAGAUCCGAAACCUGCCAGCUUCCUCUGUGAUUUUACCCCCUCAAUCCCUCUAGGGCGCAUUCCCGUC